AUGACUUCAGAGCCGAGAUCCGAUUGCUCUCCGGUGCCCAAUAUUCGAAACGCCUGUGAAGAGUGUCAUAACCGAAAGAUUCGAUGCAAUAUUCCCCAUGAAGGGGGAUCGUGCCAGAGUUGUCAGAACAACAGUCGGCUCUGUUUCUUUCUGCCUCGAAACAAAAGUGGCCGGCCAAAAUUCACUCAGCCUGGAGGCCCCCAGCCAAAAUCUUCGGCGAAUGCUGCGGCCAUUUCCAGUGCCGUUGCAGCGGCCAUAGCCAAAAAUGAGAAGAUGACGCUCGAUUCUGAACCAGGAAGUUUCUCCACAUCGAGGCCAAAUACAGGCUCUACACAGUCACCAUCUUCUACUCCCGCACCAAUGUACGCCAUCUGGCCGAGUCCGCAACAGUCGCAGCAGCAACAACAGCCGCCGCCGCAGCGACAACCUGCGAAACCAGCUAUGCGUCGAGCCACCACAGACAGUCUCGAAAGGGGAUUCUCAGACGGGUUCCUGGACAUCAACGGUGCACCGGCUUUUGACGUGGGUGACAUGGAUAUGAGUAUGAGCUUUUCACCGACCGACUUCAGCCAAAUCAGCAGUGAUGCGAGCAUUUUUGACCAAGUUCCUCGAUCGAAUGGCAUGCAGCAUCGGAUGCAUAGUGCCAGUGAGUCCAGCUUGGAUUCACUUAAUGGAGACCCUAACGGAGCCAAUUCCUGGAUGUCUGCGUUGACAUCGUUCGCAAACACACCGAUCACCAUACCUGGCACACCCAGUUCGGCCAGUGACGGCAAUACGUUAUCUAAAGACUCGUAUUCGAAUCUUCUCGGUCUUACGUCUCGGCUUCAGAAAUGCUAUGAAACAAUCCAAACAGGCAUGAUUAUGGGAUAUGUCCCCUCGCAUUGCUCCAAGGACCAAGUCGAAUCCAUUCUCAAAAUUGUCGACGACAGUUGUACAGCAGCCUGCAAAGUACUAAAAACCCAGUACAACGCGGCGGUGGGGUCCAAUACAGACACGAGCGUGUUUCUAUCUCUGGAUCCGGUACCUGUUCCCCCCACGGGAUCUGGAUCAGUCAACCAGUCCGUCAUAGUCCUUGUCGUGGCGAUGGUGUUGAAGAUUGUGGAAGUAUGUGAGUUGCUGAUCCAAUGUGGACUUCCAUCUACACAAUCCAACCUCGACAAUGUUUUGACCUUCAAACGGCUAGAGGUGAAUGUCCUCCAAACCCGGAUCGCCCUGAAUAAUAUCUUGAGGGUCGAUCAGGGUCUUUCGCACCUGACAGAGGACGCUACAAAACGAAUUGGUGCCAUACAAUCAAAACUCGGACACAUUGAGACCGAAUCUCAGUUCCCCCCCCACUAUACUUGA